GACUGCCCCAAACAAAAACAUUUAGUAAGCAAGGACUUGACCAAAACGUUUGUCGUCCAAAACAGGAACCCUAAGUUAGUGGGGGUCACCUGAACCAAGUACCAAUCUGUUUCUGAACUACUAACAUUAGAACACCCAGGAUAGAAGGGAGUCCGCAAGCGUAAGAAAACAUCUCCCUGUGAGACAGGGCCCGUCACUAUGGCCACACUUUCGCUGAAGAUCAGUGUGGUGGACCAGAGCGUCAUCAAAACGAUGCAGUUUGAGCCGGCCACCAUUGUUUACGAUGCAUGUCGCAUUAUUAGAGAACGUAUCCCAGAGGCCAACCCUGGAAAUCGUAAGUAUCUUAGAAAGGCUUCACUCCAGCUGAUGACUACUUGGAGUAGUUGAUUAGUUUUUGUUUAAAUUAGUGACUGUGUUGUCUUUAACCUGUCUCCUUCCUGUUUCAAAUAAUUUUUUAAAAUUUUUUUGUUUUUGGGGGGGUGUGGGGGGGGGGGGGGGGGUGUUCCAGCUUUAGUGUCUUGAUUUCUUUUAACCCUUUCUUUCAUUUUAAUGGUAACUUAAGGUCUCCAUAGAUCCGUUCUUCAUUUGGGGGCUGCACUCAGAUGAAUGGUUAAAUGCUACUUUACUUGGCUAGCAUAAAAAAAAUAAGUAAUAGCAGAAAAUAAUAUAGAAUAAUGUGAAUAAAGGCGAGCUGGCAAGAAUCUUUGAUACACCCAUUCAUUAAAAUUGAGUCUUUGAUACAUCCAUUCACAAAAAAUUGAGUCUUUGAUACACCCAUUCACAAAAAAUGAUGGUUUUUACUAUUCAGCAUGAUGCAAUCACAAUUCCCAAUGUUUCAUUCCAUUUUUAGCGUCUGAAUAUGGCUUGUUCUUGGCUGAUGAAGACCCCAAGAAAGGAGUUUGGCUGGAGCAAGGCAGAAGUCUAGAGUAUUACCUCCUGAGGAAUGGGGUCAGUGGCUUUAGCAGAUUGUUAUCACUCUCUUACGAGUGUUAAAUAAUUGAUACCUCAUGUGUGUCACAUGCCCAAGCAUUUAAGUUUUCCAUUGACAUACAAACCGCACUAUUGAUCUUGAUGUAGAUGAUGACGGCCGCUUUCUGUCAGAGCUGUUAUUUAAUUUUUUUAUUUUACUGUGCGAGAAUUUGAGUCCAAAGGAGGCUGAUCAGGUUUCUUGUUUCUGUUUUCUCUGUGCCACAGGAUCUUCUGGAGUACAAGAGAAAACACAGGAUCCUGAAGGUGCGAACACUGGAUGGGGUCCUGAAGACUUUACAAGUGGACGAUUCUCACACUGUGGGAUCUCUCAUGAUAACCAUCUGCACCAGGAUGGGUCAGUCUUAAAUUGUAGCUCUAAAUAAGAAAAACAUUUUUUGUUUGGAUAGAUGCUUCGAAAAGUAAAAUCUCUAACGGCCUUGGAAAGACAAAUAGAGACAUGUGCACAUCCCUCUUCCAGAUGUAAGUGCGCCGAUGAAUAAAUUGUUUAACAGAAAUCUCAUGUUUAUACCGCAGGUAUCACAAAUCACGAGGAGUAUUCCCUCGUCAGAGACCUGCCAGAUGACGAGAAAGAAAAAACCCUGACUUUGAAAAGAGACAAAUCUAUUGCCAAAGAUCAGAAAAGACUGGAAGAAAUGAAGAAGAAGCUUCACACAGAUGAUGAAUGUGAGUUGCCGUGUUACAGGGUUUUUGAGCUAUGGCCAAGUCUUGUCAAUGUCUGAUGUAUGGCUAAAUCACGAACUGUCAUUACUUUAGAAAAACUGCAGACAAAUAAUAUUUUGUGGGGUUUACUUGUUCUGUUUUCUUCUUUUUUUUGUUGUUUUAACUUCCAUUUACUUGUGUUUAGGAAUUUAUACACUUUUCAGAAGUCUUGCUAGACUUUGUUGUUUUUAAACAAUUUUUCAAACUUGGCAUGUGUGUCUUUGUUUGAACUUCUUUGGAGCCAUUUUUUACCGAUUCCCACAGACUUGGAGUGCUUAAAUUUAAUGCAUUGUUAGCUAUUUUAGAGACAUUUGAAUAUGUCAAAACUUAAUGUUUCCUCAAAUGACCUGACCAUUAGAAAUGUAUAAUUUAACACACACACACACUAAAAAAAAAAAAAACAAACGAGGGGAAUGUUUUAACCAAGUUUUUGUUUCUGAAUUGUUAAUAAAUUUAAUGCAUUGUUAGCUAUUUUAGAGACAAUUGAAAAUGUCAAAACUUAAUGUUUCCUCAAAUGACCUGACCAUUAGAAAUGUAUAAUUUAACACACACACACACUAAAAAAAAAAAAAACAAGCGAGGGGAAUGUUUUAACCAAGUUUUUGUUUCUGACUUGUUAACACAUCUAGCUUGUUAAUUUGUAGUGAACUGGUUGGACCACUCCAAAACUCUGAGAGAGCAAGACAUAGAUCCCAACGAAGUCUUGCUACUGAGAAGGAAGUUCUUCUACUCUGAUCAGAAUGUUGAUGCCAGGGAUCCAGUCCAACUUAACUUGCUCUAUGUUCAGGUAGUGCUUUUGACCAUAAGUUAUUGACCUCAAAUGCUUUGGGCUUUAUAGUAAACUAAAUAAACAAUUAUACUGAUUAUGAAAUUCAGUUCUUUUGCAAUAUAUUAAAAACUUUGAACACUGAAUAGCUUUGAAAUAAAAACAAUUUACAAGCAAAAAGAUUUAAAAAACAUGGAUUUUAUACUUUUUCAAGCAUAUUAAUAACUGUAGUAGAUAUAGGUGAAAGAUCCUUAGAAACCUUGAUCAAGUUGCUGAUAUAUGCACUGUCUCUAACCGCUGAUUCAUAUGACCAACUUGUUUGUAUUUCUCCUUCAGUCCCGUGAUGCAAUCCUCAAUGGCACCCACCCUGUGUCUAUGGAAGAGGCCAUCAGCUUCGGAGGUCUACAGUGUCAAGUCCAGUUUGGUGACCACAUAGAGUCGAAACAUAAACCCGGCUUUGUAGAGUAAGUGGAUCUUUAUAAUCCAACUUCAGUUAAACUCAAAGGCAGUAGUUUGUGGGUUUGGUCACUAAAUUUUUGUCUCUUAACUAUGUGAUCAUCUAAUUGAUUAAGAAUGUCGUGUGCGGCUCGAUGAAGCUCAAAGUAUUUUUGUGGUUUGAAUUGAUACACAAACUAGAGCAACUUCUCUGAAAGGCUUUUAGCUGACAUGUUUUUUUUCACUCAACUGAUUUACAUCCUUCGUUACCCAAUUCACCAUAUUCCUAUGUGAUGAAAUCAAUAAUAUCAAUGGUGACAGGUAUUCUUUUUUACUCUUUUUUGUACUCUUUUUGUUUAGUCGCAUAAAAAAAAUAUGUUUUACAAGUUAAUUUUUUAAAGAAUUAAGCUAAAAAAAAUCAUUUGUAUAACAUUUGAGUUGCGCUAUCCCAGUCGCUAUUAAAUUAUUCCAGUGGCAUUAAAGCUCUUGGUCCAGAUUCGUCAUGAAGAGUAACAAUUUCCUUCUUAAUGUUUAUUUCAGCUUAAAAGAGUUUUUGCCCAAGGAGUAUGUCAAAAUUAAAGGCAUUGAAAAGAAAAUUUUCAUUGUAAGUAUUUCAAUCAUUUUUACUGUUUUUCUUUUUGAGAGUUUCUUGUUGUAAAAUUUUUUAGAACAUUUUUCCUUAUUCAAUACCUUAAAUUUACAACACAUUUACUUAACAAGAUCUCAUAAACAACAUUGAAUUAUAACAACAUAUUUUCUCCACAGGAACAUAAGAAAUUUAUUGGCCUGUCAGAGGUUGAAGCCAAAGUGAAAUAUACCCAAUACUGUAGGUCUUUGAAGACCUAUGGAAUCACAUUCUUCCUUGUCAAGGUCAGUUUUAAUUUUACACCAACAAGACAAGUGCUUAAAACUUUCAAAUGCAUUAGAAACUUGAUUGACUGGACUUGAGUAGUGAACUUGUGUAGUCAAAUUAUGAAGUCAACUUGUGAAGUCAAAUUGUGCAGUCAUCUUGUCUAGCCAAAUUGUGCAGUCAUCUUGUGUAGCCAAAUUGUGUGGUUAACUUGUGUAGUCAAAUUGUGUGGUCAAAUUGUGUAGUCAAAAUGUGAAGUCAGAUUUUGUUGUCAAAAUGUAAAUUCAACUUGUAUAGUCAAAUUGUGUGGUCAACUUGUGUUGUCAAAUUGUGUAGUCAGAUUGUGUUGUCAACUUGUGUAGUCAUAGUGUGUGGUCAAAUUGUUUAGUCAGAUUUUGUUGUCAACUUGUAUAGUCAAAUUGUGUAGCUCAUAUAAUAACAAAAAUUGUGGAUAAUUAAUGGCGGGAUAAUAGAUGUAAUAAAAUAAAAUUUCAUCUGAAAGUAAUUCAAUAAUCCAUACGAGAAAAACAAUAUGCCUGUCCCUUCUUCAAGAUAAAACCGUACACUCUCUUGCUCUACUUAAAAACUAGUUCCCGCUUUUCUCAUGAUUUACAUCGUUCUCAUUAAAUCACUACGCCAUUGUCUCGUGAGAAUGAAUAUUAGGGUCGUGUGAAAAAUCAUAGUUAACUUGGUCUGUAACAAUAUUUAAAUAAAAAAAUCUAUAGUUCUGGUUAAAAGCUUCAUAAUUAAAAUUUUCUGUUAUUGUUUUUUUUUUGGUCUGACUCAAAAUACGGUUUUAAUGAUGCUCCCUGCCUUUGAAGAUGUAGAUCCUACAUUGUUUGGUCACAGCAUAGGAGUAUUGAUGAUUCAACUCAACAACUUUCAGUUAUAUGAGUUUUUGUUGUAUCAGUCAGAGUUUUAAACAUUAUGUGGUGUCUUCUGCACAUGUAGUCAAUAAAAUAAGAUGCAUGUAUGUAGCAGUUUUCAUGUUAACAUCUUGAGACCUAAAGAAAAUGGCAGCCUUCCUGCUUAUGGUUGACAUAGAUGUAACUUCUAUAGUUUCAUAUGUAGAUCUUUUGAGUUGUUUUGAGUUUCUUUUGCUGAUAAGGACCGUGGCACGGCAGUGGAGCACAGCUGUUCCUGGUAACAUGCAUCUUCUAAAUGUGCUGCCCAUUGUGUUUGCCAUUAUCUUGCCACAAUGUGUUUCCAAUCAAGUUUCUGUUUGUUUGCACCCACAGGAGAAGAUGAAAGGCAAGAACAAACUGGUGCCCAGACUUCUGGGUAUAACCAAGGAGAGUGUGGUGAGAGUGGAUGAGAAGACCAAGGAGGUGAGUGCCUAUUGGGUGGUUACAUCUCAACCAUGUUACAGACAAUUAAUGAACUAUAUCUCGGGCAAUUCAUGUACUGUCUUCCAGCUAAUUAAUUUAACAAUAUUCCAGUCAACUAAUGAACUAUAUUUUAGUCAGUUAAAACGUAUUUCUCAUGUUUAUCAAAAUAAUCCAUGAACCAUUUUAUCCAUUAUGCCCAUGUGUUGUUUGUGAUUUGUCCAGUUCAUCAAAGACUGUUGAGUGUGAAAUGUGAUCAAAUCAAUUCGUCGGAAGUUUUGAGAACAUAACUGUUGAUCCUUGAUUUUUUGACACCUGCUCUUGAAAGCAGCAUUAAUUAAUGGAACUAUCAAAAUAAAUUCUUUUGAAAGAGAAAAAAAAAAAAAUCAAAUUGUUAAUUAUACAGUUAGGCAUAUUCAAUCUCCGAGCUCUGUUUACACUGCUAGCUUCUUGAGGGGAUUCCUCAUUAUGUUAGGCACUUAAUCAUUUUUUAAACACUGUUAUGUUACUUUUUUUUUUUACUCUUUAAUCAGAAUAAAAAAAAAGGUGGGGGUGGGGGCAAGUUAGUACAUGUAAAAUUAAAGGGACCAUUUCCCCUAGCUAGGGAGCUCAUUAUAAGUCAAACUCAUCAUUAAACUGUGAGUGGUUGGAUACAUGAAGAGGAACUGUAUAAAACUUUUGAUAUAUCAGCAGCUCUCAAAACUAAAGCUUUAUUAUUAUUUCGACAGUGAGUUUUAAGAUAAAUUCUGUAAUUUUUUUUUCUUCAGAUUUUGAAAACUUGGCCAUUAACCACAGUACGCAGAUGGGCAGCCUCACCCAACAGUUUCACCCUGG